AUGGUUGCGGACGAGCUACCUCCGGACCUCAGCAUUUCGAGACAAGACCACUACAACACCAAAUACUACGCACACGAACUGGAGCAGACAUCUCAAGAUCCUCCCUGUCUGGAAAGAGACCAGGAACUUGCUGCGAGUAUGAAAGCACUGGGAAAGGCUCGGGGCUUCGGGGCGCCUAGUACAGCACAGGAUGACUCGCCAACACACAAAACUGUUCAUCAGAUUCUACUUGAAGGCGUCCGAAACCGUCUGAGGGGGGGUCCAGCACCUCAGAUUUCUGAACCCUCAUCACUGAAGCGAAAGCGUAGCGCCCCUGGCCAGCGUGAUCACGACCAGGUGUAUAAGUCCCCGUUGGCCCGAACAGCACCGGAAAAAGGCACUGACCGCGCUCGAGCGGAGGGGAGCCGCCAGGCCGGCUCAAUGAAGAUCAGCUCGCUCAUGCAUCCCCCAGGUCGCGAGGAUUCCGAGCGAGAUGAGUAUCGACCCAAGGAGUGUGGGCAUCAUCAAGCAGGCCCGCCACAGCCAUGGUAUGAGAAGCAACAUUGCCAUGAAUGCCUCCGUGCGAUAUCCUCAGCCGGCCGGAGGUUCCAAAUGAUUACCGGUUCAAGGAAUACCCUCGUGUUCAAGCCACAGACACAUGAGGCGUCAUGGGCACAAGUACCUGUGGUGGACGAGCAUAUGCUCUUCGCUUGCGGUGUGGAAUUCAAGGACCUACGCCGUUGUCUCGAGACUGCCAGUGAGAAAAACGGCUUCCGAGGCAUUGGGCUGGCUUCGUGCACCUUUUCCGCCGCAGAUCGCGGGUUCUUGUCAAAUAAGAUUGGCGACUGGCGUUACCCAGGUGCCAAGCUCCGCGGACCCAAAGACAAGUUGCCUCCAAUGGCCUUCACAUCGAGUGGCCCGCUAUCCAUGCAACUAUGUGAGACCAACGUCAAAGGUCCCGACGGCAACACGAGGACGUGGAUGUGGCUUCGUAUUCGCAAACCCAUGGUGCACCACGAGGGUCCCGGCAUACCGGGCGGAAUAAGCGAUAUACCCGACUCCGAGUUCAUCAUGGCAGUGCCUUCGCUCCAGGUGGCCCUGCUCGGCGAUGAAUACAUCACUUGUGUUGAGCAUCUGCCCACCCCGCCUGGGCAAAAGGCAUUCGUCUUCCGACGGCCGGCGCAUGCGGCCCAUGGGACCCCACCGCCGACACCUGUGAGCCCGAGUUCGCAACGCAGCCUGACUUUUCAGCUCAGCAAGGACGGCAUCCCGUCGUUUGGGUUCUCGGACAAGCCCGCGAUCGCCAGCUACGCUGCAAGACACGAUUUCUUGCACAUCACCGGCGUCGGCCAGCAUGACGCUGAUCCUAUGAGCGUGAGGCAAUGGUGGGAUGCUUUUGAUAGACAAGUGCGGCUACAGCGAUGGCAUUGGCAGGAGGUGGCGGAAGCCAUGUCAAAAUAUGAGUGCAUUCUGAAGGUCGAGGCGCUCAAAGGUGUUGACUGGGUCGUACUGCCGCCCAAAGCAUCUGUUGCCACGGACUAA